UCAGUGAGCAAGUUCCGUCACCGUCAGAUUUUUUAACUUUUUUCUAUUGAACAAUUUCUAUUGUAGUGUAGAAAUCUAUUGUAUUCGGAUUUUCUUUUGGAUUUAUCAAAAACUAAAGGUAUGGUAAGCGGGUUGGUCGACACUCUCAUGAUCAAUACGGUGGCGGAAGGAACUAUGAAUAUCUUACGACAGAUUGGUAUUUUCAAGCCAAAAUCGGCAUCGCAGCCCCUCCCUCCUCCUGUUAUCAUGAGGAUGCCACUGUGGGAGCUGGCCCAGGAAGCCGGGCCCUAUGUGAGGCUCGCGGGCAUCAGCGGAGCCUCCGCCGUGAUCCUUGGCGCUAUGGGAGCUCACCGCAAGUUUCCUGAGACAGAAACAAAGGAAGACUUGCGAAAGAUUUUUGAGACAGCCAACAGAUUCCACUUUCUACACACUUUGGCUCUAGUGACAGUGCCUUUGUGCAAAAGACCGUUGAUUGCUGGAUCCUUCUUCAUAGCUGGCAUGGGUAUGUUUUGUGGUACUUGUUACUACCAUGCAUUCACGGGUGACAAGAGCAUGAGGAGGCUGACACCCAUCGGGGGCACCUGUCUGAUCCUAGGCUGGCUCGCCAUGGUACUUUAAACUGUGUAACUGUAGACUCAAGAGUUCAUAUCUAGUAAUUUAUAAUUAUUAUAUUAUCUGUAUGUGGGUAGAUGUAAGGUUAUAAAUUAAUGGGCAAUAUUUAUUGUUCAUUUUCAUUGUUUCCAUGUAGGUGUUACUAGAAGAUAGGUCAUGUUUUGAAACUUAGGUCAAGCUAGAAUGUGACUAUUUUAUUUUGUGAUGUAGCUAAUCUUUAUUACAUAUUUUAGUGUAGUUUCACAUUAUUAUGGUAGAUUUAGUUUUGACUGCAAACAAAUGCUUGCAAAUGUUGCAAGUGUUUAUAAAUACAUUGAAUUCAUGUUCACUAUAAGCUGAAUUAGUGCCAAUGCUUAUAAAUACAACUGAAUGUUUCAAUAUGUAAUGUGAUGGAAUAUUUAUUGGUGGAAUACAAAUGUUAAAUAAUUGAAAAA